AUGGGGAGCUCGCCUGGCGUGCUUUCGAUGCAUGCUGCGCAAAUAGUGGACACUAUCUGUGGUGAUGCUUAUAUAACAGAUCCCACACCAGUGCCGGUGUCGGAUGCACAUAUGCGCCAGCUUGUGACACAAUGCAGGAGUAAUGCGGAACUUGUCCAAAAUUUGCUAUAUGAACCUUUGUAA